CUUCAUUUUCAUGGACCUAUGGCAGUAAUGACAUCACCUGCUUUCGACAAAUCACCUCUAGACGUCAAGGCAAGCGCCUUUGCGCCGACAGACGCCAUGGCACUUGAUACCGAGGCGAAUGGCAUUCACGAUGUGCUCUUCGACGAGCCAGGCACCAAUACCAACCCGACCGAGGAUGCUGCGCAAGACCCUGUCGAUGACUCUGCGCAACUCAAGUCAACCACAAACGGAAACCACGUACCCUCCGACACGUCAGCGUCUGCGAUCGAAUCCAACACAAACAACGGUCCUACUACAAACGUCUCCAGUGGUAUUGACGGCAUUGCGCAGUUUCUGCCCGAUGCUAUGCAAGACACAAACUCGUCGUUCGGCGACUCUGAAGACAUCGGCACGACCUCGCUAACGCAUGCAGCGGAGGCCCCUACCUCUGAUGUACGCGACGACGUAGAAGUCAAAGCAGAGCAGUCAGCCGAGGUUCCAGCCGCAAGUGAGGGUAUUGAGCAAGUAUCUGAGGAUCAGGUUGAUUCGAAAGAUGACUUGUUUGGAGAUGCCAUGGACAUCUCGGCCGAUAUGACCGAGGACACGAAGCCACCUUCAAGCUCGGCUGCGCCUCCGACCAACUCGAUGACAGAGCUUACCAUUCAAACACAACUCGGCAAUGUCCCUGCACCGCUCGACUCGGCAAAAUCACCCAAGAACAUGGAUCAUGCUAUGGAGGAUGCGCCAAUGUCUGGCAAGGUGCGACGGCGCGAGGAAGAUGAGGAUGACGUUCCAGAAGCAAAGCGAACCAAGACCGAAGACGACAUGAACGGCCAGAUCGACUUCAAGGUCCCCGACGUCCCCUCUCAACCAGAGCAACCGAGUGCAAAUGCGAAUGCGAAUGGCGUCCCUAGGGGGGUUGCUGUGCCCAUCAGUCAUGAACCAUCCGGUCUUCAGCACGCAGUCGACUACGAACAUUGGCCCACAGCUACGAUGACCGAGGCUCAGAACAGGUUUCUGCUAGAGAGGAUACGGAAUACGAAGAAGAUCAAAGUCUCGCUUGCGUUCAAAGAUCCGGUCGAUCCAAUAGCUCUCAACAUCCCAACUUACACGACAAUAGUCACAAAGCCUAUGGAUCUUUCGACGAUGGAGGGUAAGUUGAAGGAGAAGAGAUACACUCACGUCAGGGAAUUCAUGUCAGAUCUUGACCAGAUGAUUGAGAACAGCGAGUUGUUCAACAACAAGCAGCAUCCUGUCACACAAGCUGGCUACAAUCUGCGCGCGUAUUUCCUCAAAGGUAUGGGCAAGAUGCCUAGGGGUAGUGUCGAAGAGCCGCCAAAGCCGGUGAAGGUGAGGAAACCAUCGUCCAGCUCUGCGCCCAAAGCUCGACGUGAUUCCAGAGCGCCGCCGGUAACGGUCAAGUCUCCCACAAUCCCUACUCCCGCAGUCGCAUCGCCACAAGCCGCGUGGCCUCUGGGUCAGGAUGGCAUCCCCGUCAUUCGUCGAGAUUCGUCGAGUGCCAACGACCGGCCUAAGCGAGAGAUCCACAGGCCGUCCAAGGAUCUGCCCUACGCCAACGCUAAGCCGAGAAAGAAGAAGUUCCAGCAGGAGCUGAAGUUCUGUGAGAGCGUCAUGGCGGAGCUCACGAAACCAAAGUACGCUGCUGUCACGUAUCCUUUCAUGGUUCCUGUCGAUCCUGUGGCGCUGAACAUCCCGUCGUACUUGAAGAUCAUCAAGAAACCCAUGGACUUUGGAACGAUUGACAAAAACCUGAAGAAUGGUGUGUACCAGAGCGCGAAGGACUUCCACAACGACGCGCAGCUGGUUUUCCAAAACUGCUACAAGUUCAAUCCCGAGGGCGAUGUCGUCAACAAGAUGGGCAAGGAACUCGAGUCUCUCUUUGAAGAGUUGUGGAAAGAGAAGGCCGACUGGCUUGCUCAGCAUGCGCCCGCCCCCGAGCAAUCUCCUGGGGAGCUCUACUCGGAUGAGGAUGACGAGGAAGAAGAGGAAGAGGAGGAUGACGAUCCUGCCCAAGCCCAAUUCCUAGCCAUCCAGCAACAGAUCGCGGCUUUGAACGAGACGGCGCAACAGCUGCUCAAGCAGCAAACAGGCAAGCGCGCGUCGCCCAAAGUGCAGAGCAAGAAGAAGUCCAAGGUCGUGGCUCCACCGCCGAAGAAGAAGGCUCCUCUGUCCGUGCCACCUCCUGUGAAUGCGCGAUCCAACAAGCAGAAGACACGGCCGAAGGCGCCUGCGCCUCUGACGUUUGCUCAGAAGCAGGAGAUCUCCGAGGGCAUAAGCACUCUGGGUGAUGCUGACAUGCGUCGUGCAGUCCAGAUCAUUCGAAAUGGAUGCCCACACCUCGCCAGUGUGAAUGACGAUGAAAUGGAGCUUGACAUGGAUGAGAUCAACGACGAGACGCUUAGAGAGCUCUUCCGUUUCAUCAAAUCCAUCCGUGGGCCGAGGGCAGGUGCAGCAGCUGAUGACGACUUUGAGCCGCCGCGCCCGACGCACAAGCAGACCACCACCACCACAACCAGCAGGCCGAAGAAGAACAAGCCCAUGGGCAAGACGGAGCAGGAAGAGAACAUGCGGAAGAUCCAGGAGAAGCUAAACUCGUUCCAGGGCGGCGCUUCCGGUUCCAGCCAGUCACCACCAGCACAAGAUGACUCUGACGACGAUGACUCGAGCGCGUCUGAGAGCGAGGAAGAGUAA